GACGUUCCAUCAAUUUUUUGGAUGUGACCAUUAGUAUUACUGAAGAUGGUACUUUCCAUUCUACAUUAUACAGAAAAUCUACGGCAACUAACUCUCUACUACACUGGACUAGUCACCAUCCCCGAUCCCUCAAGGAGGUUAUACCGGUGGGUCAAUAUCUCCGACUUCGGAGGAACUGUAGUGACAUCCAGGACUUUACUCUAAAAGCGAAACAACUUCGACAACACUUUAAGGAGAAGGGCUAUCCGAACCGCUGUCUGAAAAAAGCCUAUAAGAGGGCACUACAGACUGAGAGGAGUGAUCUACUAUGCGACUUUUCAAAAAAGAUCACCAAUAAGGACGCAG